UCGGUCUACGUUCGGUUGAGCUCGCAAUACUCGCAUCAGUCCACAUCAGUCGCGCUCCGCCCGUCUUGAGUAUCGUUUGCAUCGCGGCUUCUCCACGCGUCCGUCGCUUGUUGCAUGCGGGGCCGGCUUAUCUCCUCUUAGCUGCGAUUUCUCUGUUCUGCUUUGCACGUGCCGCCCUCGCGUGCGUCACGCACGGCCCUUGCCGGCGCGUAACUUCCGAGGUUGUCGUCAGGACAAACAGUUUUUUUGCCGCGAGCAAGCCAUAUUAAAAGUACAGUACAACUCUUCCGAACCGCUCGACAUUCCGAAGACAGAAAACCUUCAAAUUUUCCGAAUCGGAACAAGCGUCAAGAAUCGAACGAUCGGCGCCGGAAGAUUGUCAUGAACGGAGUAUCUAGCAAGUGCACGAAACUAAAGAUGUACGAUGGCGAAGAUGAUAACUCGAUAAUCAAGAAACCUUUACCUUUAAGGGCGGUUUCGUGGAGUGACAAUAUCGAAGAAACCGAUUUAGACGUUCCCGGAACACCUAGAACACCACGUACGUCCACGACAAAAGGCCACGAAAAGUGUAUGUUUCAUCACGAUUUGGAGUUGGACCACCGACCACCUACGCGGGAGUCGAUGAUACCGGAAAUGUCUCGAAGUUAUAAGCUGCUCCUGAGUUCAUUGGGCGAAGAUCCGGAACGACAGGGACUUCUGAAAACACCGGAACGUGCCGCGAAGGCCAUGCUUUUCUUCACGAAAGGAUAUGAUCAAAGUCUCGAUGAUAUAAUUAACGACGCGAUAUUCGACGAGGAUCACGAUGAGAUGGUAGUAGUAAAAGACAUUGAGAUGUUUUCCAUGUGCGAACACCAUUUGGUACCAUUCUACGGCAAGGUGUCAAUCGGUUACCUUCCUUGCAAGAAGGUAUUAGGCCUCAGCAAACUUGCCAGAAUCGUGGAGAUCUUCAGCAGACGACUUCAGCUGCAGGAACGGCUCACAAAGCAAAUUGCGAUAGCGGUCACAAAGGCUGUGCAGCCUGCAGGAGUAGCCGUCGUGAUUGAGGGAGUGCAUAUGUGCAUGGUGAUGAGGGGUGUGCAGAAGAUCAACAGCAAGACAGUAACCUCGACGAUGCUGGGUGUGUUCCGCGACGAUCCGAAAACUCGCGAGGAAUUCCUGAACCUGGUGCACAAGUCGUAAAUGGUCGAGUCGCGUCGCGUCGCGAUGUCAUUAUCGUUGGCUACCGUGGGACCAUUAGAUUUCAACAUCCCGACACUGCUCUCCGACAUCCGACCGGACAUCCGACCUCGUUGGGAAGCCCUCGCCCACAGGACUUCUGGAUCGUUGUCGUCGCCGCCACCGCAAAUGUCGUCUCAUUCGCUUACAUUCUAUUUGUUUCUGGAAAAACAAAAUCGUACACGCGUUCGUCGACCUCGACAAUGAUACCAUGUGUUUCUGUAUCGUAAAUACGAUAGAGAAAGUUCAAGAGCGAUCGCUUUCUGGGACCAAGAUAGCGUGAUAGCGGAUGAUGGAGAUGAUGCUCGACGCGUGUCCCGCGCUGAUAAGGACGCGCUUAAAUUGCUGAUCGAGUGACAUUGACAAUAGCGACGACUAUGACGCGUCAUGGUCAUCCACGAAGACGCCUGUAUGUUUCGAAAUGACUAUGACGCGAAUGGUUCGCGAGCGAUUUAUUGCGUCGAGCAUUCGGACGUCCAUUCUGGUGCAAAGGGACAGCGAAAAAAAUAACGGUGUAAGACGAAUUAUUCAAUGCGAUAAAACAUCUGGGAACAGGAAAUUGCUGCUGGAACAGCGACAUUCCUGUCGCAAAGUCCAUAUUCGCUGCACUUUUGACCGAACGAGUUUGUCGCUUACGAAGGAGCUUUUUAGGAAAUUUUUCAACGAAAGCGCCCGUUGAUCGCAAACUUACAUAGUCGAUGCGCUUCUCAUGACAAUAAAUUAUACAUCUCGUAGAUUAGUGAAUUCUUUUGAAGAGACCACGCUCGAACUUUCGUCUGUUUGCGUCAACUGUGUGGGCUUUCAAAACUUAAGGCCUUGGCACAUACAAAAACUUAAAACGUAAGAUUUAAGCAGUAAGGAAAUCAACACGUUGGAUUCGCUACUGUUUAUGUUAUGGUCUUACGGUCUCUAUUGUGAUUGAUCGAUUCGCUUACUGUUUAAGUCUUACAUUUUAAGUUUUUUUAUGUGCCAUGACCUUUACUUUUGUCAUGCGUUUCGCGAUAUUCGGUACUUCUCGCAGCUGUGGAACUCGACAGCCACGGGUUUCGCAUUGCGACCGAUCUACAUCGCGUGAUCGCCUAUUUUUGUUCGCCACAUUUAACAUUUGUUAAUAAGUGCAUUUCGAUUAAAACAGAUAUAUUUUUAUAUUUGAAAUAUUGCCAAAAAUUAGGAUACCUAUUCUUUUUGAUUUCUAAAAUUAAAUUAACUUGAUUUAUGCUUCAAGUCGAAAU